AUGGAAAAGUUUAAGAAAUUGGGACCACUGGUCUUCAAUGGAGUGAGUACAGAUCCCUUAUGGCCAUCAGUUCGGGUUGACGAGAUGGAGAAGAUCUUCAGAGUUUUGGAGUGCACCGACCACCAGAAGGUAACUUGCGCCACAUUCAUACUACAGGGAGAAGCCAAUAUGUGGUGGAAGAAUUCUAGGCAGAUUUUGGAAGCUCAAGAUCCAGUAAUUACAUGGGCGAGAUUCUUAGAGGCCUUCUACGAGAACUUCUUCCCUGAAAGCCUUAGGGAGAGAAAGGAGGUGGAGUUUUUACAUUUGACUCAGGGAUCAGAUUCAGUGAUGGCCUACAAAAAGAAAUUUGAAGAAUUGGCUUGGUUUGCACCUGCACACAUUGAUACUGAUGCUAAGAAGGCUAAGAAAUUUUGA